AUGCAGCUCAGCUACAGCUUCAGCAACGGCACAUCCUCCUCGCCUUCCUCGCCUUCGCCUUCUUCCUUGCCUCCGCCUCCGCCGCCGCCAACUCCCAACGACUCGCUGUUGGACAUCACCCCGCGCAAGUCCUCCUUCUCCAUCACCAUGGGCAUGAGCACGUCGUGCGCCUUCCCGUCAUGGCCCAACCGAUCAUCCCUCAUGAGCUCCGACUCCGAAUCCACCGCCAGCUCCUACCUGUCCGACGAAGACCUCUUCCCGAGCGACCCAGUGACGCCUCCCUCCGAGUCGGUCAUCGACGAAGAGUCUUCCCUGACGACGGAGGAGCAGAUUGAAAUGAUGCGCGCCGCCGAGGAGGACGAGCAGCGCAUGCGAUUCCUGGCCCACGUCCAAGCUCAUGCCUACGCCCAGAAGGCAUUCCGAGCAGCCCAACUGGCUGCGGCAGAGCGCGAGAACGCCAAGCGGAAGAAGCGACGUGCGGUUACUGUCAAGAAGCACCGGUCGACGUCAUCAUCCAAGACGUCUGCGCGCAUGUGA